AUGCCCACACAAAAUGCGACCGAGAGAAACAGGAUGUUGUUCUCGAGCUUUUCGCAAGGGUACACUAUUCCACCAGGGACGGAUUUGGGAGGGCCCAGCAUUUUCAGAGCAAGAUUUUCCUCGGAAGGGAAGGAAAAAACAGGCUGUGUCGGUGCAUCUGCAAGCUCACAACCGAUAAAGAGACGCCAGUAG